AUGUCAAGCAAGAAGAAACACAAACGAAAACACAGCGACAACGAUGAAGACGACGACGUUUUCUACUACCGCUACUGCGCUUCGUCCUCAACCCCCAACACCACCACCGGCACCACAUCCAGUAACCAACCCCAAUCAAAACCGAACAACAAAGGAUCAUCAAUAGGAGGAACAGGUGAACCCUUAGCACCAUCAAAAUCGACGUUAUACGUUUCUAAUCUAGAUUACUCCCUAACAAACUCCGAUCUCCAUACGCUCUUCUCUACUUUCGGCCGCAUCGCGCGUGUAACCGUUCUCAAAGACCGUCAAACGCGCCUAAGUCGCGGUGUCGCGUUUGUCCAAUUCGUUUCUCGUAAUGACGCCCAAUGCGCCGUGGCGGAGAUGAAUAAGAAGAUUCUCAAUGGAAGGACUCUAACUUCUUCUAUUGCUGCUGAUAAUGGACGUGCUCCGGAGUUUAUUCGAAAGCGCGUGUACAAUACUGAGACUGCUUUGUGUUAUGAGUGUGGGGGGCAUGGUCAUUUGUCGUAUGAGUGUCCUAAGAAUCAGUUGGGGCCGAGGCCGCGACCUCAGCCUAAGAAGCCGCGACGGGGAUUUAGUGGGCUGAGGGAUAGGGAUGGGGAGGAGGAAGGUGAUGAGGAGGAGGAGGAGCGUGGUCAGAUUGCUGCGGAGCAGUUAGACGAUAAUUGGGCUUCUGUUGUGGAUGAUGAAGCGGGUGAAAGGUUGCUGGGGAGAAACAGAAAUGAUGAUGAGGGUUUGGACAACAACAAGACGAAGAAGAAAGGGAAGAAACCUGGGUAUUUCAAUGAUGAGAGUGAUCAUGAUGAUGAUGAUUGA